CAACCUGAUUUUGUUAAUCGGAACAACCCGCACCGAGAUCCAAACCCUAGUUAAUUUUUCUUUUAUCUUCCUUUCUUGGAAAAUAAGAAGGGAACCUUUCAAAGCGACGACCAGUGAACUGCGAAGAAGAAGAAGAAGAAGAAUUGGAUAAAGAUAUACAGAAAUCAACAGAGAUAGAUGGAUCCGAAUCUCACAGAGGUUUCGCAGCUGUUUGAGCGAUUCAAAGCCGCUUUCAUGCGGAACGAUUUCGAUACCUGUGAUAAUCUCCUCUCUCAGCUCAAGGUCUUGCUAACCAAGUUUAGAAGCCUUCCACCAUUGUUUGAAGAAACGCCCAAAGCGAUUCAUGAGUUGACAUUAGCAAGGGAUAUAUAUGAGCAUGCUGUUGUUUUGAGUGUGAAGAUUGAGGAUCAGGAUGCCUUUGAGAGGGAUUUCUUUCAGCUGAAACCUUACUAUACAGAUGCAUGUGGCCGUCUUCUGCCAUCCCCUCAGGAGUAUCCCAUCUUAGGUCUCAACCUUUUGAGACUUCUUGUGCAGAAUAGAAUUGCUGAAUUCCAUACUGAAUUGGAAUUGCUUUCAGCCACUGCUCUGGAGAAUCCUUGUAUCAAGCAUGCAGUAGAAUUGGAGCAAUCGUUCAUGGAAGGGGCUUACAAUCGUGUUUUGAGUGCAAGACAGACUGUACCCCAUGAAACUUAUGUUUAUUUCAUGGACCUGCUGGCAAAGACAGUCAGAGAUGAAAUAUCUGGAUGCAGUGAAAAGGCCUAUGAUUCACUUUCAAUUAAUGAUGCCCGAAAAAUAUUGAUGUUCUCUUCUGACCAAGAACUUUUUGAGUAUAUCAAGGAGGAGCAUCCAGAGUGGGAGAUAAAGAAUGGGUUUGUAAUUUUCCAGAGGGCAAAAGAAUCUGCACCUUGCAAGGAGAUCCCGUCUCUGCAACUAAUAAACCAGACACUCAGUUACGCAAGGGAGUUGGAGCGGAUAGUGUGAAAGACAUGCUGCUCUAGGGUUGUUUGUGCUCCUCACUCUAUGAUCUAUCUUCCUGACGCAAAAUUAUAUUGCUUUGAAGAAAUUUCCCACCUUAAAUUUAUUAGACUUUUUUCUAUUUAAUUUGUUUGGUAUUGGAAAGUACACAUUUAGAUCCGUUCCCUGCAGUGAAAACUGUUUUGUGUAAUUGCAAUCAUUCCAUGGGGUAAAAAUUACAACUGAACUCUGCCCAAUUGAAUCAGUUGCAUAUAAGACUAGUAGAUGAUUGGAUCACAAAUUAAUUAUGCUUUUAUAUAUCUGAGGUGAGGUCUGGUUUCAAUCUUAUUUUAUUUAA